AUGGGACAGCCAUCGUCAGCGGCAUCCAAUGCCAUCAUUUACGUCACAUAUGGACUCUUCCUGAUUAUGGGGACUAGUAUUGCGUGGAAGUUCCGCAAUCAGUCCAAGGGAGAGUUCUUGUCUGGUAACCGGACUCAGUCGGCCUUUCCUUUGGCCCUCAACUUCAUCGCCUCUGACCGGAAAGGGGAUCCCGAGGAUGCGGCUCACUACGGGCGCGGAUUUGAAGCAGACCGACGUGGCAUCCACCCUCUCUCGCUCUACGAGAGAGGAGAUGCUCGUCCUGUGGAAAUGAAGCUGAGAUUGCACCGUAAUUACUCGAUCAAGUUAAUGCUUGCGUGGGAAACGUGCUGCCGCUCCAAUAUCUCCACCCCUUCCUCCCCUUCUUGUGUGCCCGUAAAACUGACCACCAUAGCUCUCGGCUCCGGUAUCUUGUUCUCGUACCCCGAACUUGCCACAAUCACUGGUAUCCAGGGCGUGCUUGUGUAUGCUCUGUCGUCUUCGCUGCCGCUCCUCAUCUUUGCCGUCCUCGGCCCCAUCAUCCGCCGCAAGACGCCUGAGGGUUUCGUGCUGACGGCAUGGACACGGCAACGCUAUGGCACCGUCGCCAUGCUCUACCUCAGCUUCAUGACGCUGGUGACACUGUUCCUGUACAUGGUCGCUGAGCUGUCUGCCAUCGGGCAGGUUGUGAACACACUGACGAACCUGGAUGGUUUGCCCGUCAUGAUUGUUCAAUGCGUAAUCACCACCAUCUACACCUCCCUCGGCGGUUUCCGCAUCUCCUUUCUGACAGACAACCUCCAAGGUGCGAUGGUAGUCUGUCUCAUCAUCAUCGUUGCCAUCACGAUGGGUGUCAAGACGGAGAUCGACACCUCUUUGAUCGAAACGUCUGGUCUGCUCAAGCCCACGCUUCUCGGCUGGCAGCUCCUCUACAUCCUGCCCAUCUGUAUUCUCACCAAUGACUUCUUCCUCUCCGGCUUCUGGCUGCGUACCUUUGCCUCCAAGACGGACAAGGACCUGCGCAUCGGUGUCUCCGUCGCCGUCGUCAUCAUCCUUUGCAUCCUCACCAUGGUCGGCGUUACGGGCCUGGUCGCCGCAUGGUCUGGCGCUCUGCCCCUGGAUCAGAUCUCCGAGAGUGGCUCUGUCGCCUUCUUCCUGCUGCUCCAGCAGCUCCCCGCGUGGGUCGUCGGCAUCGUGCUGGUGAUGGUCUGCACCCUCAGCACGGCCGCCUUCGACACUCUCCAGUCAGCCAUGGUCUCCUCGGCGUCCAACGACAUCUUCCGUAACCGCCUCAACAUUUGGUGGAUCCGUCUGGGCGUCGUGCUCCUCAUCAUCCCGACCGUCGUCAUCGCCCUUAAGGCGCCUUCCAUUCUGCAGAUCUACCUGGUCUCCGAUCUCAUUUCCGCCUCCGUCAUUCCUGUGUUGGUCUUCGGGCUUAUGGACCGUUUCUACUGGUGGCGCGGCUUUGAGGUCGUAGUCGGCGGCCUGGGCGGCAUCCUCACGGUCUUCAUUUUCGGAGUCAUCUACUACGACGGCAACGUGCAGAAGGCCGGAAACCUGCUCACCAUCUCCGAGGGUCUGUACGCCAACGACUGGAGCGUCUUUGGAGCCUUCGUCGCCGCUCCCGUGGGUAGCUUCCUCUGGGGCUUCGGAGCGCUGGGAUGCAGACUCGCGUUCCAGUACGUCAUGGCUAAGAAGAGUGGCCGCCGCUUCGACGCGCUCGACCGUCCCGUCGGCCCGGGCUUCACUUCCGAGGUCGACGGCGUGCCGCGUGCUGUCGACACCUAUGAGAACGCCGACGUCACUUCGGACGUGGAGAUCGUCAAGCCCGCAGGCAAGUUUUUCUAA